GCCUUCUGGUGAAUUAGCAGGGGCGGAGCGGCCGGGCCGUCAGAUCCGCCAACCCUGGCUGGAGUAGGGCCUUUCGGAUCCCCAAGUGCGGCCCGGGCUAAGACGCCGCCUUGCCGCCGGGCGGAGCAGCGUCUCCGCCUCCACUGGCGGGGACAAGCCGCAGCGACAGCGACAGCGCACAGCCGCCCGCGGGCCGGAGCCGCGAUGUUCCCCCGGGAGGCGAAGUGGAACAUCUCGUUCGCGGGCUGCGGCUUCCUCGGCGUCUACCACAUCGGCGUGGCCUCCUGCCUCCGCGAGCACGCGCCCUUCCUGGUGGCCAACGCCACGCACAUCUAUGGCGCCUCUGCCGGCGCCCUGACGGCCACGGCGCUGGUCACCGGAGCCUGCCUGGGUGAGGCAGGUGCCAACAUCAUCGAGGUAUCCAAGGAGGCCCGGAAGAGGUUCCUAGGCCCCCUGCACCCUUCCUUCAACCUGGUGAAGACCAUCCGGGGCUGCCUGCUGAAGACUCUGCCCGAUGAUUGCUAUGAGCGUGCCAGUGGGCGGCUGGGCAUCUCCCUGACCCGGGUGUCGGAUGGUGAGAAUGUCAUCAUCUCCCACUUCAACUCCAAGGAUGAGCUCAUCCAGGCCAAUGUCUGUAGCACCUUCAUCCCUGUGUACUGUGGGCUCAUCCCUCCCUCCCUCCAAGGGGUGCGCUAUGUGGACGGUGGCAUUUCAGACAACCUGCCACUCUAUGAGCUCAAGAACACCAUCACUGUGUCUCCGUUCUCUGGGGAGAGUGACAUCUGUCCUCAGGACAGCUCCACUAACAUCCAUGAACUUCGGGUCACCAACACCAGCAUCCAGUUCAACCUGCGCAACCUCUACCGCCUCUCUAAGGCCCUCUUCCCGCCAGAGCCCAUGGUGCUUAGAGAAAUGUGCAAGCAGGGCUACAGGGACGGCCUGCGCUUCUUGAGGCGGAACGGCCUCCUGAACCGGCCCAACCCCCUGCUGGCGCUGCCCCCCACCCGGGGCCCCAAGGAGGAGGACACAGAAGGGGCCAGCGGGGGCAUGGAGAGGACCAGUGCUGAGGAGCAGCUGCCUCCGCCCAUUGAGGACCACAUUCUGGAGCACCUUCCCACAAGACUCAAUGAGGCCCUGCUGGAGGCCUGUGUGGAGCCCAGGGACUUGAUGACCACACUGUCCAACAUGCUGCCCGUGCGGCUGGCCACGGCCAUGAUGGUGCCCUACACCCUGCCACUGGAGAGUGCUGUGUCCUUCACCAUCCGCCUGCUGGAGUGGUUACCCGACGUGCCCGAGGACAUCCGGUGGAUGAAGGAGCAGACGGGCAGCAUCUGCCAGUACCUGGUGAUGCGCGCUAAGAGGAAGCUGGGCAGUCACCUGUCCUCCAGGCUGUCCGAAACCACAGAGCUGCGCCGUGCUCGGUCACUCCCCUCUGUGCCCCUGUCUUGUGCCAGCUACCGGGAGGCGCUGCCCAGCUGGGUGCGCAGCAACCUCUCGUUGGGUGAUGUGCUGGCCAAGUGGGAGGAGUGCCAGCGCCAGCUGCUGCUGGGUCUCUUCUGCACCAACGUGGUCUUUCCACCAGAUGCCCUGCGCAUGCGAGCACCCACAGACCACCCCACACCUGCGGACCCCUCCGCCAUGGACCCCACACACCCCCAGCCCGCCGGGCCUGCCCCCGUGCUGAGUGCCCUCCGCCUGCCUGGCUGGGCCCCAGAACCUCCCUGUCCAGGAGCUCAGCUGCACUGGCCGGACCCUACUGCUGGCCUCUCCGGUUACCAGUGUGAAGUGAGGACUGGGACCCUUCACGCUGCAAAGAGGGGGUUCUCACAUGCACCCACUAACCACUCACUUGCUGCCCUGGGUGCAGAACUCUAGUGUUUGUGCCUUAGCCUCCUCCCCUGCCUGCCCCGCCCAGCAUAGGUUCCUCUUGAGAACCUCACACCUGCACCGCCUUCGUUUUUCUUGUUUUGCUGAAUGAUAUGUGUGAAGAAUUAUUUAUUUUCGCCAAGGUAUAUGUAAUAAAAUGCCACAGCUCAA